GGAUACCACUGUACAAAGCCUUACCCUACAACCUUCAGUUAAAGACGGUCUUAUUAUAUAUGAAGAUUCACCACUGGUAAAAGCGGUGAAGUUUGGACAUAUUUUGGUAAUCGAUGAGGCAGACAAAGCACCAACAAAUGUUACCUGUAUCUUAAAAACUUUAGUAGAAAGUGGGGAAAUGGUCUUGUCAGAUGGAAGGCGAAUUGUUGCCAAUCAUUCUCAUGUAGAGGGGAGAGAAAAUGUAAUAGUUAUUCAUCCUGAUUUUAGAAUGAUAGUUCUCGCAAAUAGACCUGGAUUUCCUUUCUUGGGUAAUGACUUUUUUGGCACAUUAGGGGACAUUUUUAGUUGCCAUGCUGUUGAUAAUCCCAAACCAGAGUCUGAACUGGCUAUGCUUAGGCAAUAUGGUCCUGAUGUUCCAGAGGCGAUUCUUCAGAAACUGGUGGCUGCUUUUGGAGAGCUCAGGAGCUUAGCUGACCAAGGAACUAUUAACUAUCCCUAUUCAACUAGAGAAGUUGUGAAUAUUGUAAAACAUUUACAGAAAUUUCCAACUGAAGGACUGGCAAAUGUUGUUCGAAAUGUGUUUGACUUUGAUUCCUACAACAACGAAAUGCGUGAAAUUUUAAUCAACGUUUUGCACAAACAUGGGAUACCUAUUGGAGCAAAGCCGACCAAUGUACAGCUGGCCAAGGAACUGCCAUUACCAGAUCACAAAUUUAUGGGCUACUGGAAAGUCAAUCAGCCAGGGAAUGCACAAGAGAAACUGCUGUGUCCAACAGAAACUCAAAAAAUAGAUGUAAAGGGCCCUGUGUACUUAAAUAUUCAAGGAUUUCCGCUGGAACGACAUGAAGCCAGGUCCCUCAGUUUCACAGAAGAACUCGCUUUUUGGACACUGCCUUUGGGUGAAAUUAACAUUGUUUGCGAUGUCACAGUAACAAAAGAAGAGGAAGCUGAAAAUGUUCUUUAUGUUACUACAUGCAAUCCUGUUUCCUUAUACUUCAUGAAUGUUUCUAGUAAGAGUGGAUACUUUGUGGAUCUUUAUGACCUCUUCCCAAGAACAGUUGGAAGUGUCUGGCAACCUUUUGUGACUGCAGCACCGCUGGGACAUCCACUCAAAGGUCAAGUGGUUCUACAUGAAGAGGAGAGCAACGUCGUGUUGUUGCUGGAUACAAACAAUGGUACCCUUCGCCGACUGUUGCUUACACUAGAUGAUCAGGAGUCUCCUAAGAGAACAGCUUGGUGGGGCAGCAAAGAAGAGAUGAGCAACUACAAAAUGUGCCGAGAGUUUUCACACAAAAACUGGCUGGUGUUCUACAAAGAAGCAGGAAACCGCCUUAUUGUACUGGAUGUAUUAGAAGGUCAAACUCAUACCAUCUCGCUUCCGAUCAAUCUGAAAUCUCUUUUCCUGGCAGCUGAAGACCGGUGGCUCUUAGUGGAAAAUGAAACAAAUCAGAAAUUUCUUUUAACCAAGCGUGCCCAUAUGGAAGCUGAAGACAGUGAGGUUUGCCAGCUGUAUGCAUUGAGUGAAGAGCCAGCUGACGUGGGAUUUGGCUUAACAACGGCUUCAGAACUGUGUGUGCCACAUGCAGUUUCAAGUGACCAGCUCUCUUCAGAGAACCUCAGUGCAGCUGUGGGACAAAAGAUCAGCUCCCCCAACAGGAUUUUUGCGGAUGAACAGAGUUAUGCUACUAUUGUUGUCGGUUUCCCAGACCUCUUGUCUCCUAGUGAAGUGUAUAGCUGGAAAAGAAACUCCUCUCUGAGUCACAAACGUGCUCCUCCUUCUGAUUCAUUUUAUUAUGGAGCCCGGAGGAAAACAGGAGCUGCAAAACAAACCAAUUGUGUGACUUUAUUGGCUUCUAAUCAAAUAGCCAGAAUUUUAGCACCUGGAGAUGUGCCUCUGAAAGACAUUUACCCAAAAGAUGUCACUCCUCCACAAGCUGCUGGGUACCUGGAAGUAACUGAUCUUAACUCAAAGAAAAUCAAAUACAUUGCUAUUCCUAGCUCGCAAUCUCUCUCUCCAUAUACAUCUUGGCUCUCUCAGAUAUCGGACGCUGAUGCCCUGUUGGCACCACUGGGACAAGUAGGUUUGGUUACUGUGGACUUGGGAGGUGGUGUAAGGCUUUGGGAGACGGGGCUGGACAGCCUCCAGCGGUCCCUGCAGGACUGGAGGAACAUGAUCGGCGAAGAAGAUGGUCGUCCUGUGCAG